UCGCGUUGAGGAGCGUUGCGGGUGCAUGCAGUUGUCCUGACAAGAGAGGGCAUCGGUACGUCCCUUCCCUCCAUAUCCCAUCUUAUCCCCCUUGCACUAUGACAUCACACAGGCAGCCACACGUCUCAACAGACAGACAGACGAUAGAUAAACAGAGAGAGAUGUGUCGCAUCAGCCACUCGACACCGCGUCAUGCAGUGAGUCGGUCGGUCGGUCGAUCGGUCGGUCGGUCGGUUAGUCCCCCUCCUGGUGUUUGUCCUCGAGCUCCAGGAUCUCCUUGGCGAUAUCAUCCUUGCGAGACAGCUUCUGCACACACACACCCCGCCAUGUCGAGAGCUCAGAUCGUUAGUGAGUGCCUGCCUGGCUGGCUGACCAUCAGCUGCUCGGGAAGUGGCUGGUAUCCGUUGGCCAUCUUCUCCUCCAGCUGCUGAAUCUCGCCCAGCUUCUUACGCAACCCACGCAGCUUCUUCUCAUGGGCCGUCUUGGCGGCCGAUGACGGCGAUGCAUCCUUGUCCUUGUCUGUGUCCUUGCCCUUACAACAACCGUCGUCAUCGCUCUCGGCCUCUGUGGCUUUGAGCCGCUCCAAUUUAGACGCCACCUGCUCGAGCUGAGGGCGGGCGAGUACGGACGAUGCGGGAUUGGCGCUCGACAGACCGUCCGCCACAUUCUUUUUCUCCUUGACGUCGACGGCACGACCAUCCACCUGAUGGAUGACGGGAGGGCAUACAUACACGAAUGAGAAGCGGCAUGGUGGCAGGUUGGGUGGGAGAGGGGGGUAGGUAGCUUACGAGGUCCUCGUCGGUGGUUCGUUCUCUGCUGUGAGUGGGUGCGUAGUUCUUGUCGGUGACCUGUCGUUCGACCUGCUCGACCUCCUCCUUCUCGGCCUUUUCUCUCUUCUUGGCCCGCUUCUUGGCGUUCUUGCUCAGCUUCACAGGGGCCUCCUCAUCGGGCGGCACAUAGCCAGGGAUGCCCUUCUUACCAUAGUGCUGACAUACAUCAGAAGAAGGACCACACAUACAUGCACACAAGUUGAUUGAGAUAUAUGUCGGAGCCCAUCCACUCAGGCAUGCCGGCAGCUGCUCUGCUCACCUCCGUACUGCGAAAUCGCUCUUGCUCCUCCUGCAAGUAAGGCGAGGCGGCAGACAGACAGAGGCAGCAGGAGGACGGACAUCAACACAGCGCAUUCACUCGAGCAUGCCAUGCAUCACAUCGGCCUGAUUCUUGUGCGCUUCCUGCUGACUGACCAUGGGCACGUAUCCCUCCCGGACGCGAAUCUCCUUUCUGGUGGUGCCAUCCGGCCGUUUGCUGGCAGCAAUGACCCUCUCACCACCGUCCUUGAUCACAUACUUCUCGCCCUGCGCACCAACCACAGUCUGCUGCGCCAUCGCACACUUGGGAGCACUGCAAGAGGUUGAGG